GGGUUUGUUUUGCGGGCCUGAUGUCAACGGAGUCUGCGGAUUGACGGGUGGGGUUAUUAGUGGGUGUGUUUGUCUUUUUCUUUCCCUUUCAGUUUGAAUCAUAUUUUUUUACUUCCUGAAAUCCUUUUUUUUUUUUUUUUCUAUUUCUGUUAGCUUUGAGAAUUUAUAAGAGCUUCUUAUGAACGUGAUAAAUGGCAGUGGCCGGUGACUGCCGAUGGAAUCCACAGCUUGACUGGAAAGCGUUAGUCACUCGGCAGACGCGCCGCUGCGAUAGGUCAUCCGCUGGCUUAUCAGCUCCAGCUUCGACUUUCCUUGCCCGCCGCUUAUCGGCAGCUCAUCUCUCGUUCCCCACAUUAUUUCUCGUUCUUAACCUGGAAUUUCCCCCCCUCGUGGUGGCCCAUCUGCGUAGAGUCCCCAGUCGAAAGCUCUCGCCCUCUCUCUUGUACCCACGGGGUAAUUCUUGGCUACUGUUUGCCUUGCCAUUUCUGUCGCCGUGAAGGGGCGCUGCGACUAUAUUAGGUAGACAAGAGCCCACUGCCCGCCGCUGUCAACCAUGCAUUUGGUACCAAAGGAGGUCUGUGCCCCAUCUUAUCUUCUCCCAAAGUCUAU